AUGGCCUCCUCCUCAUCCCAGCGCCGCCCCCCUCCACAGGCCUCCUCUCGCGCUAGCGGCCGGCCUCCUCCUCCCCGCGUCGCCCCCCUCAACGGCCCCUCCACGGCCUCCUCCCCGCGCCAGUUGCCGGCCGCCACGGCCUCUCCUCCCCACGCCGCCCCCUCCAUGGCCUCCUCGACGGCCUCCUCCCCGGGUCAGCGGCCGGCCGCCACGGCCUCCUACUCCCCGCGCCGCUCCCCUCCACGGCCUCCUCCCCGCGCCAGUUGCCGGCCGCCACGGCCUCUCCUCUCCAUGGCCUCCUCGCCGGAAUCCUCCCCGGGCCAGCGGCCCGCCGCCACGGCCUCCUCCUCCCCGCUUCGGCCCCCUCCACGGCCUCCUUCCCACGCCAGUUGCCGGCCGCCAUGGAGUACUCCCCGCGCCGCCCCCUCCUCCAUGGACUCCUCGCCGACCUCCUCCCCGGGUCAGCGGCCGGCCGCCACGGCCUCUCGUCCCCGCGACGUCCCCCUCCAUGGCCUCCUCCCCAACCGAAGACUCAAAUAA